AUGAAGCAUCAUAGCCAAAUUCGAGAUGCCAACGAAUCACGCGUCUUGGUUCUUUACACCGGAGGUACGAUUGGAAUGCUAUCGGGACCGAAGGGAUAUUCCCCACUCUCCGGAUACUUAUCAGAGCACCUACGCUCCCAGCCGCGUUUUCAUGAUCCAAGCUCGAGUUCCUUGUGCACCAACAGUCAAACCGUGGAUGCCUUCCGGUCCUGGCAAUCGCUGGUAUCUCUCAAUUCUCCAUCAUCAGCCGCAACCAGCCCAAUGCACCCUUCCGCCAAUAAUCCAGCUUCCCCAUCCAGUGUUGAAGCUCUGCCUAUGACGGAUGAAACUAGCAGGUAUAAUGGGAACCAGUUGAAAGUCAUCACCGAAAGUGGCGCGCAAUGGUUGGACAGUUUAGUCAUGCAAGCAAGUCAUGGAUGUCCAAAAAUUCGCUAUGCGAUUCUUGAAUAUGAAAGACUGAUUGAUUCAUCCGAAAUCGAAAUAUCAGAUUACUUGAGGAUUUGCAAUUCGAUCCAGUCCAAUUACUAUCUGUAUGACAGUUUCGUCAUUUUACACGGGACAGAUACGAUGGCGUAUACGGCGUCGGCGCUAUCUUUCCUACUAGAAAACUUGGGCAAAAACGUUAUCCUCACGGGCGCUCAAAUCCCACUCUCAAGUCCCCGGAAUGACGCCGUAGAAAAUCUGCUGGGUGCCUUACAAAUCUCAGGCACCUAUUUGAUACCUGAAGUCUCUUUGUAUUUCAAUCAUCGUCUAUGGCGGGGAAAUCGGUCGAUGAAAGUCAGCAGUGUCGAAUUCGAUGCGUUCAAGAGCUUCAACCUCGAACCUUUGGUCAAAAUCGGAUGCAAUGUCGAAGUUAGAUGGGACCUAAUUUCUAGGCCUGUUGAACGCCAGGCCUUCAGAGUCCAUCAAGAUAUGUGCGAGAACGUGGCCGUCCUUCGUCUCUUUCCGAGUAUUACACUUGCUUCCGUUCGUGCCUUUCUGGCUCCACCCAUCCAAGGGAUAGUUCUAGAGACUUUCGGAUCUGGCAAUGCGCCUCGAAAACCAGCUCUGCUGGAAGCUUUCAAAGAAGCCGCCGACCGGGGGGUAGUCAUCGUCAAUGUGACCCAAUGUGUUGUUGGGACCGUCUCCAGCGACAUUUAUGAAACUGGACGGGCCUUGGCUGAAGUGGGAAUCACUGGAGGUCGAGACAUGACGACUGAGUGUGCACUCGCCAAACUAGCUUAUCUCUUAUCAAAGCCAUCCUUGUCGCCAACAAAAAUUCGCACCCUAAUCAGCCAACCUCUUCGGGGGGAGCUCACUUUACCCGCACGCGUACAGUUUCAGCCUCAGCCGGUUGAGGAUCGAUUGAAUUGGCUGAUGAAGCAAAUUACAUCUCUUAAACUGACCAGCCACAAUUCCCCCGUCCCCAAGGAUCAAAAUGACACCAUACCCAAGCACGCCCCACAAAUCCCUUCAACCAUCAUUUCAGACGAUUCAACCCCGCUCCUCCAACGGUCACCCAACCUUGGAAGGCUCUCAUUUUACCAAGACGUGGGGGUAGAGCUUGAGACGAGUGAAAUGUUACAGAGAGAGCAAGACCUGACUGAACAGUCGUUGUUGCCCAUAGCUCUGACGGCCGCCUCCGCCCGCGAUGAUUCAAGUCUCUCUUCAUUACUAGAGAUCUGCUCGGACCAAAUCCAAACACAAGGUCUACUCAACUUGCGCAUCGCCACCGGGUUGGGCCAGACCGCAUUGCACUUGGCAGCCUUCUACGGACGCUUCAAAAACAUCGAGUUGCUCCUCGAUCAUGGCGCCUCGGUUCAUCUGAGAGACGAUACCGGGCACACUCCACUCUUCUAUGCCAUAAACAACCAUCAUAAAACUUGCGUCGACUUGCUUGUUAAAGCUGGUGCUCAUCUGACUGACUUUGAACAGGCCGAGGACUGUACGAGUGCUUAG